AUGUCUUCGCUUGAAUCGCUGAAGAAGAUCACUACUGUAGUAUCGGACUCGGGUGAUUUUGAGUCCAUUGCUGCGUACAAGCCUCAGGAUGCUACGACGAACCCUUCGCUGAUCUUGGCGGCUGUCAAGGAAGAGAAAUAUGCCAAGCUCAUUGGCCCGGCUCUGGACUACGCCAAGUCGAAGGGCGGUAGCAAGGACGAGAUCGUUGAGCUGGCCAUUGACCGUCUUCUUGUCUCGUUUGGUGAGGAGAUCCUGAAGAUCAUCCCUGGCCGUGUGUCGACGGAGGUGGAUGCCAGCUUGUCGUUCGACAAGGAAGGUACCAUUAAGAAGGCCUUGCACUUGAUCAAGCUUUACGAGUCGGUCGGUAUUUCGCGCGACCGUGUCUUGAUCAAGAUCGCAUCGACAUGGGAGGGUAUUCAGGCUGCCCGCGAGCUGGAGGCCAAGCACGGUGUGCACUGCAACCUGACCCUGCUCUUCAGCUUCUGCCAGGCUGUGGCGUGCGCUGAAGCCAACGCUACGCUGAUUUCGCCGUUUGUGGGCCGUAUCCUGGACUGGCACAAGAAGAACAAGCCGGACGCUGACUACAGCGGUGCGAACGACCCUGGUGUGAAGUCGGUGAAGCACAUUUACAACUACUACAAGCAGCAUGGCUACAAGACGAUUGUUAUGGGCGCUUCGUUCCGUAACACGAGCGAGGUUAUCGAACUGGCGGGUAUUGACUACCUGACGAUUGCUCCGAAGCUGCUGGAGGAGCUCAAGAACACGCAGGCGGACCUCGAGCAGAAGCUCUCUGUGGAGAAGGCCAAGGCAAGUGAGCCCAUCCCGAAGGUCAGCUUUGUGGACAACGAGCCGGCCUUCCGUUGGGCGCAGCUGGAGGACCCUAUGGGCUUCGAGAAGCUCCACGAGGGUAUCCGCAAGUUUGGUGAAGAUGCUUUGACGCUCAAGGAUAUCAUCGAGAUGCAGAUGUGA